AUGGACAACACCAGGAACGGUGAACUUCGGAGCUUCGGCCUCCGACGGGUACACACUCCUGACAUGGAGUAUGUCACCCUCCCGAUGCUCCUCUGGUCGGACGCCACGCAGCUUUCCAACUUCGGUUCCGCGGCUCUGUGGCCAAUUUACCUGUACUUCGGGAAUCUCUCGAAGUACUUCCGCGGUCGGCCGACUGAGUUUAUGGCGCAUCAUCUUGCAUAUAUCCCCGGGCUUCCAGAUGCCAUCAAAGACUACUAUAUGGCUAUGUACGGAAAGUCGCCUAGCGCUGACGAGCUGAAGUUCUGCAAACGCGAGCUCUUCCAACAGAUCUGGCUCCUCCUCCUGGACGCCGAUUUCAUGCACGCUUACAAGCAUGGCAUUGUGCUCACUUGUGGCGAUGGUGUUGUGCGGCGGCUUUUCCCGCGAAUUUUCACAUACUCUGCUGACUACCCGGAGAAGGUGCUUAUCGCGGCGCUUCGACCGCUUGCACGGUGUCUUUGCCCUCGGUGCCUCAUCACCAAAGACCAAGUCGCGGAUGCAGGUACCAAGACCGACGACCGCCGCCGUGCACAUACACGCCAAGAUACGAAGACCUUGCAAGCGAACAUCAAACGCGCGCGCAAGAAUAUCUUCAAGGGUUGUUCUCUUGCCGGGCCACACGUCAAGUCAUGGCUCGAUCCCGAAUCCUUGACUCCCAUCCAAAGCGCAUUUUCCGUACGCUUGUCCGAGCAUGGCGUCAACUUUUACGACCUGCUCGCUCCCGACCUGAUGCAUGAGUUCGAGCUCGGGGUUUGGAAGGGGAUUUUUACUCACCUCAUGCGCAUGCUUGCUGAGAAGGGUGGUGAUGCUGUGGAAGAGUUCAACAGCCGGUCUGUCUCUUAUCUUGAUAUACUGGCAGACAUCAUUUACUAA